AUGCAGAGUAGUGGUGUAAACCGAGAUUCUUCUUCAAAUGUUUCAAUCCCUCAGCUGAAGCGCUUAGGUUCCCAGCAGAAAUCCCCUGUCGUAUUCCCUGAAAGGCGUAGUAAGAAGGUGAAUUCGAGAGUUGAUGAGCAUCGAAUUGAUAUUGGUGGUGGUGGAGAUGAAAAGUCUGAUUUGUUAGAUGAUCUUCUCUACUCUGGGAAGCUUGUACUUGAUAAGAGAAAAUCUGCUAGUAGUAAAGAUGACGCAGACACGGAUAUGUCAAGCAAGAAAGCAGUGGAUGCAAAGCUUACAACCGUAGCUUUGUUUUGGGGCUCUUCCAUGCUAUUGCUUGAUGAUGUCGUCGCGGUGACCUAUAAUGUUGGUCUCAGAUAUUUUACUGUGCAUGCUUAUCCAAUUGGAAAGGGUUCUUGUGGCAUUUCAUGCUUCAUGAAAUCAAAAAGGAGGCACAAGGAUUUCCGUUUUGUGGCACCGACAGUACUAGAAGCAGUCCAAUGGGUAGCGGGUUUUGGGGAUAGACAAUGUUUUAUCCACUGUUUGCCACAUCCAUUAGUCUCAAAGAAACAGGCUUCAUCUGAAUUAUUUUCGGUCCCCAUGGAUACUCCUUCUGAAAUUGCCAUCAGGUGUAAGAGUCCACCUAGAAUGCUUGUCAUAUUGAACCCUCGGUCUGGGCAUGGGAGGUCUUCCAGAGUUUUCCACGACAUAGUGGAACCAAUUUUUAAGUUGGCAGGAAUCAAGUUGGAGGUUGUCAAAACAAAUAGAGCGGGUCAUGCCAAAGAAUUGGCUUCCACUGUCGAUAUCAGCUCGUGUUCAGACGGAAUAAUUUGUGUUGGAGGUGACGGAAUCAUUAAUGAGGUUCUUAAUGGUCUACUUUCCCGAAGCAGUCUGAAAGAAGGAAUUUCUAUCCCAAUUGGAAUAAUCCCUGCUGGUUCUGAUAACUCGCUGGUUUGGACUGUUCUUGGUGUUAGAGAUCCUAUUUCUGCAGCAAUUUCAAUUGUGAAGGGUGGGUUAACAACUAUUGAUGUCUUCGCUGUUGAGUGGAUUCAAACGGGUGUUUUCCACUUUGGAAUGACUGUCUCCUACUAUGGUUUUGUUAGCGAUGUUUUGGCAGCCUCUGAAAAAUACCAAAAACGCUUUGGUCCUCUACGUUACUUUGUUGCUGGAUUUCUCAAAUUUUUGUGUUUGCCAAAGUACAGCUAUGAAGUGGAAUAUCUUCCAGCGCAUAAAGAGGAUCCAGAAGCCCAAAAUAGGGGUGAUGAGGAAGUCCUGGAUAUGCAAGACCUUUACACAGAUGUCAUGAAGAGAUCAAGCAGAGAAGAACUACCUAGAGCUUCCAGUUUAUCAAGUAUCGACUCCGCAAUGACACCUAGUAGAGUGUCUGGAGGAGAAUUAGACACGUCACAAAGCACACACGCAAGCGCUGAGCCUUCUGACUAUGUCCGUGGAAUAGAUCCCAAAGCUAAACGUCAGUCUUUUGGCAGAAGAGAUGUCACAACAGAGCCAGAGGUUGUUCACCCUCAGCUACCUCUUUCAACAACCCCUAAUUGGCCAAGAACAAGGUCAAAGUCAAGAACAGAUAGAGCAUGGGCAGGGUUGACUGCUGUAGAUGAUCCCUCCACUAGAUCCUCUUUGGGAAAUGCCGGUACUGCUCAUGACAGAGAAGAUAUAUCCUCUACCGUAUCAGACCCAGGACCCAUCUGGGAUUCUGAACCCAAAUGGGAUUCUGAACCUAACCCUUGGGACGUAGAAAACCCAAUUGAGCUGCCUGGACCCCAAGAGGAUAUAGAAACCAGGUUGAGGAAUCAGGUCAGACCGAGGUUUGAAGAUAAAUGGAUGGGUAAGAAGGGUAAUUUUCUAGGCAUCAUGGUCUGCAACCACGCUUGUCGAACUGUACAGAGUUCGCAGGUGGUGGCUCCAAACGCUGAACACGAUGAUGGAACCAUGGACAUGCUCUUGGUUCACGGGUCUGGUCGAUUGAGAUUGCUGAGAUUUUUUCUGCUUCUCCAAAUGGGUCGACACCUUUCCCUCCCAUAUGUUGAAUGUAUAAAGGUAAGAUCUGUGAAAAUAAAAGCUAUGAGACAGACGCAUAAUAGUUGUGGAAUAGAUGGAGAAUUAUUCGGACUGAACGGUCAGGUUGUAUCGAACGGAGACGGAGACAUCACCACCGUCGCUGUAAGAAUCCCUAACCACCACCGCGAAACCAAAGAAGCAGAAGAUUCAAGCAAUUGUGCAGACUUGAUCCUCCAACAUAUCCUCUCUUUUAUUCCGACAAGAUUCGCCAUCAGAACUUCUGUCUUGUCCAAACGAUGGAAGCAUAUAUGUAAAUCAAACCCUAACUCGCUACACGGCUCACAAGAUGAUGAGUUUCCAUCUUUGUACCACCAUAUGAUCGAACAUAUGCCUUACGUUGACGGAUGGAUCGAGUUCGUUAUAUCCCGAAACGCGGAGAUUAUGUCGCUGAAUCUUCUUGUUGAUAAUUACAAUAUUCCUGAUUUCUUCUAUACCAAUUUCUCGUUGAAGCAACUCACAGUUUCACUAUACUUUAACGAAUGGAAUAUUCCCAUGAGCUGCUUAGUAUCUUGGACAUCUUUGAAGAUGCUGACAUUGCGUUGUUGCCCUUUCUCUAACGAAUGCAUCGAUAAAAUUAUAUCAGGUUGUCCAGUGCUGGAAAGUUUAAAGUUGUAUAACUGCAACAAACUGAUGAUGAAGGUUCUUGAUCUCACCAAACCACUUCGUUUGAGAAGUUUAGAAAUAGAUCAAUGCAAAUGGGUGGACAUGGGGACGGUUGAGAUUGUUGCACCACAAAUUCAUUAUCUCAGAUUGACAAACUCUAAACGACCAUGUAUUUUAGUUGAUGUCUCGUCUCUAACCGAAGCUAGACUAGAUCCUUGCUUUCCGUUAUAUGAAGAACUGCAGAGUGAUUUGGUACUAAAGAUGCUAGAGAAGUUGCAUAAUGUGGAGAAGCUUACGUGUGGAGCAAACUUUCUUAAGAUUUUAUCACAUGAUGAGUUUUUGGCAGUGUUCUUUUCCCGAGCUUAA